AUGAUCAUCCUUGGAGAUUCAGAAUCAGGAAAGUUGAUGUUCAGUCUACGCCUGGAACAGCAACUCUGGCACAACUUUGACAACAACAUCAUCCCGCUACAUAUCAUCCUAGCAAGCGUUCAUGAGCCAGUGCAUGAUAUGAUCAAUAAACAACUACGGAUGCAUGGGUUCACCAAAAGCGAGAUCCAGGAACUGAAGAAACAUUACGGAUUCAUUCUCAUCUGCGACGGAUAUGAUGAGCGACAGCAGUUUUGUAACCUCUAUACCACCAACCUUCUGACUCGACCUCAUCAAUGGCGCGCCAAAAUGGUCAUCUCCUGCCGAAACCCGUUCCUAGGACCCAACUACGAGCAUCUCUUUGCACCGCUGCCGUCGAAUCACUACAGGACCGCUCCAGCUGAUAUCUUUCAACAAGCAGUCAUCGUGCCUUUUUCAAAGGAGCAAGUCAAAGACUAUGUCGUCCAAUACACCGCACUUCACUCGCGACCCUGGACUGUUGAGGACUACCUACAAGUAUUGGGUUCCAUCCCUGACUUGUUGGACCUCGUCACCAACCCUUUUACCCUUACACUCGCGCUGGAAGCUUUGCCUGGAGUCAUUGAGGAUCGCCAAGACCUGUCUGCGAUUCGACUGCAGUGGUUCGUUAUCAACUUGCAACGCCUUCAAGCCAGCGUACUCUCUAGUGUUGACCGCGAAACCUUAAACUGGCUUUUGGACGUCGACUUUAUUUCCAAGGGCAUCGACUACUCGACAGGUCUCGCGACGGCGAUGUUUGAUAUACAGGACGGAAUCCCGGUCGUCAAAUAUGUUCACGUCAACGACAAGGGUUCAUGGCGAGGAGGUUUCUUUGGCCCGCAACCUAUUGUUCGACUGUUGCGGGAGUCUUCUCCAUUGACUCGGGCUGGCACCUCCCACCGAUUCCUCCCCCGCUCCUUGCAGGGAUACUUUUUCUCUCUUGCCAUUUUCGAUCCUAGGAACCGAGGAAGCCAGGAUGAAUUUGAUCCGUUUUCACGGCGUAACUCUUCUACCGCCCAAUUGCUCAACCCCAAUAACCCGCUCUUUAAACACAACCUUGUCAUCGAACCAUUCAUCAUCGAUUUCUUGUGCGAGAGAGUGAAGCAGAUCCCCGAUUUUCAGGAACAACUCCCUUCAAUCAUCCACCAGUCCACGGCCAACAACAGCACCGCUAGGGGAGCGAGCAAUGCGAUGACAGUCCUUGUCAAGGCCGGUGUGCAUUUCAACUGCGCAGACCUUCAAGUCGCCCGGAUUCCCCACGCAGGUAUCACUGCCAGUUUGAUUCCGCACUGUCGCAAGGCGCCAGCACGAGAUGGAACAAUGUGCGCGAUAUGGGUCACAGCGGAGAGAUGUAACCACUGA